GUCUCGCAUCCCUUUGUGUUUGGCAAUAAUAAGGCCUCCGUGACUCUCUGGGGAGCAAUCUCCGGGCGCAAAAGUAUAAUGCUCCCUUCCCUGACAACAUGGUUAUGCUUCGGGCAGGAUUUCCCCAGGUCUGCCUGCAUCUUACCGUUGUCCAUCCCAAGUCUGGGGAAAAUAUUGUCAGGCUUGCUUCGCUUAUGGCGGAGUAAACAUCUUCACAUGUGGAUGCCAGCGUAGCAAUGCUUGAGCCAGUCUAGGCUGACGGGCGAAAACGGAGAACGAUCUGGCUCUGGGCCAUGGCUCUUGGUAACU